GAAGAACUGUGAACACCAUCAUGUGACAUUUUCUUUAUAAAUACAAAGCAGGAAAAUACAGAGAGGAAGUUCAGCACAGAAGCAGCGAUGAGAGCGACUAAAGAAGACUUGAUGUUGGGGAGCCUGCUGCUCGUCUCCCUGUGUGCGACUGCAGCAGCAGCCAUGUUUGAAAACAAGCUUGACUUCCACUGGGAGCUGUGGAAGAAGACACAUGGGAAGAAGUAUCACAGUGAGGAGGAGGACGUACGUCGCAGAGAUUUGUGGGAGAAGAACCUGCUGCUUAUUACUGUGCACAACCUUGAGGCAUCAAUGGGCUUUCAUACCUAUGAUCUGAGCAUGAACUUCAUGGGAGACUUGACAGAAGAGGAGAUCAUGCAGUCUUUUACAACACUCAUUCCUCCCACUGGCAUCCAGAGGGCGCCAUCUGCCUUUGCAGGGGCCUCAGGCGCUGAUGUACCGGACACCAUGGACUGGAGAGAGAAGGGCUGCGUCACAAAAGUCAAGAUGCAGGGUGCCUGUGGCUCCUGCUGGGCAUUCAGUGCUGUAGGGGCCCUUGAAGGCCAGCUAGCCAAGAAGACAGGACAAUUGAUCGACCUCAGUCCCCAAAAUCUGGUGGACUGUUCUACCGAAUAUGGCAAUCAUGGCUGCAAUGGAGGCUUUAUGCACCAUGCCUUCGAAUAUGUCAUCAAAAACCAAGGAAUCGAUUCUGAUGAAUCAUAUCCAUAUACGGGGGUGCAACAGCAAUGCCGAUAUGACCCCAAGAACCGAGCAGCCAACUGUUCCAGUUACAACUUUCUACAAGAAGGUGACGAGUCAGCUCUGAAGCAGGGAAUUGCCACCGUUGGACCUAUUUCAGUGGCUAUUGAUGCCAGACGGCCCAGAUUUGCUUUCUACAGGAGUGGAGUUUACGAUGAUCCAUCCUGCUCCCAGGUUGUGAACCACGGUGUGUUAGCUGUGGGCUAUGGUACACUAAAUGGGCAAGACUAUUGGCUGAUCAAGAACAGCUGGGGAACUAGUUUUGGAGAUCAGGGCUACAUCCGGAUGGCUCGCAACAAGAGCAACCAGUGCGGCAUCGCUCUUUAUCCCUGCUACCCUGUCAUGUAGCUGUAGAUGGAAAUUAAUUUAAGCUGCUGUUAUAUGUUUUUAUUUUUCCUACAGCUCUUCAAAUACUUAAGUUUAAAAUCAGCACUUUUGGUGCUCUUUUUUUAUUGGAAUUUUAAUCAGUAACCUUUUUUUAGAUAUGCCCGUGUGUGUCAGUGAGUGUGUGUAUGCAUGUGUUCAAUCUAUGAUAAAGGACAGGUUUAGGCCUGCUCCUUGCUGAGAUUCAGCCAGUGAUUUACAGCAAAUUUGUAUUCAUCACUUUAUACCAAUCAGUCCAGCCUUUAGUAGUUACAUCUGUGUCCUGUUGAGGCCGCAGUGAAGGUGAAGUCUCUACUUUGUGUGUUAACCCUGCCAUAAAAACUGUCUGAAAGGAUUUCAUUGACUCUUUGGGAAAUUGACUUGUUGGUCAAUUUAGCCUUUACAUGUUAUGACAGAAGGAGGGAUAAAAUCAAUAUCUGUCUCCCUGGCAACAAAAACAUGCUGAUAUCAUCACAUAGCGUAUGCUAGGUGCCUGUAGGCAAAUGAUGUUAUCUUUUACAUGUUUUUAUUUUCUGCAGACCCUCUUAUCAAACAUCAACCUCCAUUUUUAAAAAGUGGGAAUAGUUCUUUAAAAAGAUUAUUUCAACAUGUGCUUAUUUGUUUUAGAAAAGGAAAUGAUAGAGAUGUACAGCUAGCAGCUAGUUAGCUAGCUUAGCACUGGUAGCAGGGGCAAGAAACCCUGCCCAAACUUAAAAGAUCAUGUAAAAACAAAAGCUUGUGAUGCUAUUGGAAGUUAAUUCCUGGGCACUUUCUUGAGUGCUAAGUGAAUAAAGGCCAUUAAAUUAUUGCCCUAAAAUUAAGGUUAUUGUUUAUGAAUGAGGACAAAACAUUGAACUGUUUGUAUCACAUAAAUGUGGGCAGCUGUUUGGACAAGGAUAAUUUAAACCCAUAAAACAAUUUGUGUAUAUGUGUGAAAACUUCCCAAAAUAUCAAAUAUGUGAGGGUGAAUUUGAGGGAAUUCACAUAAAACUGUGAUUGGAAUAAAUAAUAAUCUUCUGGGGGUCAACUUGUUUAUUGCAAGAUUAUUUUUUCCCUUUUUAUUUGGGAUGUAUAAAAUCAAAUAAAACACACUUAUAAGAAAAAUGAUGGUCUCUCUGCUAACACCAACAAAGUCAUAAUAAAGUUGACAGAUCACA